UCUCUGUCUCUCGCAGUAUUCAGUGGGACACCCGGCGGAGCAGACGUUUCUUCCCUUUGUGCUGCGGCUCUGAAGACACGUCGGGAUUAUUUUUACGCUAAUAAUUAUUUUCUGGGGGAUAUAGUCUUGGUGUUGCGUAAACAAUGUUGACUGGUGUAAGAAGCUCUUUGGCGGCGACAGGUCCUCAGUGACUGCAGCCGAUUGCCUGUCCUCUGCAACCCCCCCAGUAUCAGUCUUUGAAGUGAGACCAGGAGUGUGAGCAGCUCCCCAGCCAAGAAGACUCCACCCUGUCCCUCCUGCCACCUUCAAAGCCUCUGACAAUCAACUUCUCUCAGGGACAAGGACAAACAGUCACAGAGAGGAGGACCGAAGAAGACCAAGGGAUAGUGGGAUUUUAAGGGACUAACCAUCGACGGACGGAUUACUGUACUUCACAGCAACUAAACAUGGGGAACCAGUUAACAGAAAUCGCCCCCAACACCACAUUCCUCCCCAGCUUCCAGUCGCUGCAUGUGGUGGUGAUUGGUUUGGACUCUGCAGGGAAAACCUCCCUCCUCUACAGGCUCAAGCUGCAGGAGUUUGUGGAGACGAUCCCCACCAAGGGCUUCAACAUGGAGCGGAUUAAGGUACCCAUGGGAAGCGCCAAAAGCCACAGCACCACCUUCCAGGUGUGGGACGUUGGCGGACAAGAUAAACUGAGGCCCCUCUGGAAGUCGUACACCAGGAGGACUGAGGGGCUGGUAUUCGUGGUGGAUGCGGUCGAGGCUGAGCGCAUGGAGGAGGCCAAAGUGGAGCUCCACAGGAUUGCUCGUUCAGCGGAGAACCAGGGGGUGCCCGUACUGGUUCUGGCAAACAAACAGGACCUAGAUGGAGCCAUGUCAGCUUCAGAGGUAGAGAAGGUGCUGGCCCUCCAUGAGCUGAGCUCGUCCACACUGCACCACACGCAGGGCUGCUCGGCGCUGGACGGUCAGGGACUGCAGCCUGGCCUCGAGAAACUCUAUGAAAUGAUCCUGAAGAGGAAGAAGAUGCUGCGGCACAGCAAGAAGAAGAGAUGAGGGAGGGCAUGUGGACUCUAGUGAUGUAGGGGAUAGAGCUUACUGCCUGAGCCUCUGCUUGUCUGAGAAAAUGCAGCUUCUGGGGGGUGAAACCAAGGGAAGGCUGGCAGUCCUUCAAGAGAGUUGCAUUGUUUCCAGCCAAUUUCACACUCUGAAGUCUGCACCCAUUGUCAACACCUUCCUUCAUCUGCUUGGACAGACCUGCUUCCUUUGGGAUUGUUUGAUGCUCUCAGGCACCCCCCCCCCCCCCCCCCCACACACACACACACACCUCCCAUCCUGAAAUGAGCAUGGUGGAGGCAUACACAUCUCCAGAGGGAACGAAGGAGAUAAAUCCAGUGCAAUAUAUGAUGAACACUAAGCCCACCAUUGAAGGAUAUUGUUACCACUGUGUGUAUAAACUUGUAGUUCAAACAGAAGCCUGCAGGUGGUCUGAGCCUAGCUCCUGUUACUCCCACUGCGUUUCAAUGUUACUGUAAAUCUUCAUGUUGCAUGAUGUUCACCUGAAUAACUUGCCCGGGAAUAGUAAGCAACACUUUUGUAGAUCAAAAGAAGGCUUAUAAUUAUUGUGGAUUGGCAACUGCCCACUGUUCAUUUAGACGUGCCGCCAGAGAUAUUUACAGAAGCACACUGAAGCUGCUGAAUCCAGCUACACGACUUUUCCCACUUGCUUGUCGCAGUUUCGGUGUGUUUCAGGGUUGAAUGGAUGAAGGGUUGGUUGGUUAAGUUCAAACAAGAAAUAGUUUUUACAUUAUGUACAUAUUGUUUUGUAAAAUGUUAACAAACAAAUAAAUUAUUGAGCAAC